AUGGCGGAGAGGGGUAAGGCAGGGACGGGACGCCAGGCAGUGACGGGACGCCAGGCAGUGACGGGACGCCAGGCAGUGACGGGACGCCAGGCAGCGAGGCGGGACGCCAGGCAGCGAGGCGGGACGCCAGGCAGUGACGGGACGCCAGGCAGCGACGGGACGCCAGGCAGCGACGGGACGCCAGGCAGCAGUGACGGGACGCCAGGCAGCGACGGGACGCCAGGCAGCGACGGGACGCCAGGCAGUGACGGGACGCCAGGCAGUGACGGGACGCCAGGCAGCGAGGCGGGACGCCAGGCAGUGACGGGACGCCAGGCAGCGAGGCGGGACACCAGGCAGCGAGGCGGGACGCCAGGCAGUGACGGGACGCCAGGCAGCGAGGCGGGACGCCAGGCAGGGACGGGACGCCAGGCAGUGACGGGACGCCAGGCAGCGAGGCGGGACGCCAUGCAGGGACGGGACGCCAGGCAGUGA